AUGAAAUGGUCCCUUCUCGUCGCGUUGCUCAUUGUCCUCGCCUGCACUCCAAAUAUAACAUCGGCGUAUUGGGAUUUGAACGCGGCAGAGAGUGGCCUCGAGACCGCGCUCCAAGUCGCCCUCGUGCCGGACCAUCUCCAGGCCACGGAUGACGGCCCCCAGCUGAACCCCAACACCACGGCACUCCUGCACGCUCUGCUGGAAUCUAUUGGCACGACCCAUGUGGUGGCGCACUGGCAGGGCGACCCCACCGCAAUUGAAGCCCUGCAGGAGCUCAUCCGCAGCGGCAGGGAAGCCGGUUUCCUCCCGCCAGCGCAAUCCCCUCUAACGCAGGAGCACCGCCGCCGCCACCGCCGCCACCAGCAUCGACGGCAGCUACAGAAUCAGUAUCACUCGCGCCGACUGGGAGAGCGGCCUGAGGGGCUAUCCUCCUGGCUGGCGGCGGCGGAGCGCUACGUGGGCGCGGUGCCGGAGGGCCACAGCUACCCGCUACUGCGACGGCUAGAUGACGCAGCAGCUAUGCGCAUCCUGAUGAAGCUGUACGACCUGCACGCCGCCAGUGCCGUACGGAAAUCAGCGGUCGAGUACUACCACUUUUCGAAGGCGGCAGGAACGAGCGUGUGCGUCACUUCUGCUGAAGUCGGUUGUACGACGUUUUCCGUAGAGGAGCAGUACACUUGCUUGAUUCCCGAGUUCAACGACGGACCCCGCUGGAUCAAUCGUAAGGCCUACAACGCCAGAUGCAGGCGUGCGCUCCCCAAUUUCAGCCGGUGCGAGUCCAAGCUGUAUACCCAGCUGGCCAAGUGGGGCAUGCGUUACGGCUCCCGGUCCUUGUGGCUGAGCUGCGAGCAGCGCUCUGCACGGCUUGAUGAGCGGGGCUUUACCUUCUAUGCGAGUGAAUACACGCUACGCGGUCGCGGCGGCAACGUGACCUCUCCCCCUGCCUUGUGCAGCAACUUUCUUAACCUCGCAGUGCUAAGGGAUCCCCAGCAGCGCUUAGUGAGCCACAUGAGGUUCAUUGUACGGACGACGUACGACUGGCUAGGGGAGCAUACGGCGCAGUACAUGCGGAGCAUGACGCUGGCGGACUGGCGGCGACUGCUGCCGGCAGCUUUAGACAACUACUAUGUCCGAGCGCUGCUUGGGGAGAAGGGUUUUUACGUGCGGACGGCGUGGCUCAGUCCAUUUAAGCACGUGUGCAGGAUUCUUCCAGGUGAAUGGAUCCAGUUGGAUAAGAAUACGGCUAUCCGUUUGGCCAACCCCCAGGAUUCGGAGCAGCUGCUGCAACUGGGACACACGUGGGGUUUGGGCUGGAACAGGACGUUCCUCCAGUCCGAGGGCCGGAGCAGCAGCCACAUGAGUCGCGAGGCGGCCCGAAUUGCAGACAAGGUGGUACCCAGGGGCGCAGCCUUGAAAGAGCUCGUGGCCGCUAACAGCCUCGACGAGCAACUGUACGAAUAUGCCGUAUUGCUGUCGCGGCUGGAUGCGGUGGUGUGGGCCGCCGCGGAGGAGGCCGAAGUACCGCUCCCGAUGGCAACGAUGAUUGUCGACGACAGCAGGGACAUGUCUAAGAACUCACUAGAUGGCAUGCCGCCGCCUGCAGCAGCACUGCUGCUGGUGCACCCGCGCUAUCGAGGCGUGGAGGACCGAGAGGAAGCCCUGCGGCUUGCUGAGAGCCUAACUGGUCAGCCCUGUCCCUUUUUGGAGGUGGGUGGCGCCCGACUGAGACCCCGUCGCUCCAGGGAGACCACCACCACCACCACCGUGUCAUCGUCCUUAUCACCCCCUGGCGCGGCGCUCCGGCGACCGGCGGUCUCGGGCCUGCGUGCCACUUACUUUGGCUCCGGAACCAUGAACGAGCUGGCACGCCAGCUGGACGCGCUGGAGGCGGCAGAAGCUGGACCUGGAUCCAGAUCUCCAUCCGGUUCUGGAAUCGGAGGAGGAGGAAAACCUGGAUCCACCAGGUCCAUCAAAAGGCAGCAGCGCCAACAACCCGAGCAACAGCUGCGGCAGCAUCAAGAGGUGGCGGAGGGGAGCAGCCUUGACAGAGCAGCUGUGGAGCUGUCACAGGGCGCCCAGGUGGUAGAGGCGCUAGGGGACGCAUUAGAGGUUGAUGUUGGUGGUGGCGACAGCGGUGGUGGUGGUGGUGGUGGUGGUGGUGGUGGUGAGGCAGCACUCCAGGGGCAGGAGCAUGGGGGCGGCGUCAGCGGCAGCGCCGGCAUCGGUGACGGCCUCCGCACCCCGGUCUUUAUCAACGAGGUUCUGACAGCCCUACAGGAGCGCAACAUCGAGCUGGCUCUGGGUCGGCCCGUGGUGGAUCGAGUCGAACUGGCGUCUCUGUCGUACAUGCUGCCUCGGCUAGUGCGCAUGCGCGGGGCUGACGGGCGGCGAGGCGCGUUCGGCGUGGGCGCUGGCUGGGGCGGCAUCAUGUCCGACAUGGGCCCGGCACCUCAGGUGUCGAGGCCGCCGCCGGGCGGCCUGGGCGGCGGUGGAGGCAGUGGCGACCCCGAGCUGAGGCAGCAGCGCUUCCGCAUCAAGCAGCGCCUGUCCACUCUGAGGGCGGAGCUCAAGGCGGUGGCGGCGUCGCGGGGGGUGCAGCGCCAGGGCCGCAGAGCGGCAGGUCUGCCAACCGUUGCCAUUGUCGGUUACACCAACGUGGGCAAGACCAGCCUGGCGGGCGCGAUGUGCUCCAGGGACGCUGGACUGCCGCCGCCAACCGAUAUGCUGUUCGCCACGCUGGACCCCGCAGUUCGUCGGGUGUGGCUGCCGACCCGUGGGUCACACGUGGCAGUGUCGGACACGGUGGGCUUCAUUCGGGAUCUGCCGGUGGGCCUGGUGGCCGCGUUCAGGGCGACGCUGGAGGAGGUGGUGGCCGCUGAUAUGCUGCUCCACGUACUGGACGCGUCGAGCCCAAAUGUCGCCCAACAACGCGAUACCGUACUUGCCGUACUGAGGCAGCUGGGUGUGAGCGAGAAGGUGCUGACCUGCCGUACAAUCGAGGUUUGGAACAAGGUCGACCUCUUGUGUCAACAACGCAGCGGCAGCGGCCUCGGGCUGGGUGAAGAGGAGGAAGGGGAGGAGGACGAGGACUUGUAUGACGAAAUGGAGAUGCCGCACGAGAGCGAUGGCAACGACCGUAAUGACAAUGAUAAGCAGCAUCAGCGGCAGCAAUGCCAGGUGUACGGCGGGCACAGCUGCGACGCUGACGACGACAACGACGACGGCGAUGGCAGCGAUCAACCGGAUGACCAGUCUCGGUUGCAAGUUAACACGGGCGGCAGGUCUUACGGCGGCGACGGUGGUAACAGCGGCGACGGCGACGCCGAUGACGGCGGCGACAGCAAUGCGGGGGGUAAUGUCGGCGGUGGUAGCAUGUGCCCGCCAAUGGCGGGGCCAUGGCCACAUCGUCGCCCUAGUCGACGGCUCUUCAAGGAUGUCACACUUGAGCGACCCGAUGCGGCUCAGCUGCCCACUUGCCACGCCACCGUCGGCACCGGCGCCACCGCCGCCGAUGCUGUACGGCAGCCAUCGCAACCAAGGCCGUCAUUACCAUCAUCACAGGCUGUACCGCAGGACCCGGUGCCGUCAUCAUCGUCAUCCUCCUCCCCGCCGCUGCCGCCUUUCUUUCCCGACGGCGCAUGGCGGCCUGCCCGGGAGAACUCCGCCGCCACCGCCGCAGCGACACUACCACCAACACCACCACCGCCGCCACAACCGCCACAAUCACCACAAGCAUCCGUCCUGUUAAGACAGCCGUGCCCGUUGGUUUCGGUUCCCUGGGGGUUGAUAGGCCGAUGUCGCUACCUGCAUGGUGCUGGUGCUGGCACCGGGCCCGGCUCGGAAAGCUCCAAUAAAGACGUGCUUAGGGUACGUGUUGUACUUCCGCGGCGGCGUGGGGGAGCAGGCGCGGCGGCGGAAGCAGCCACGGCAAUGGGUGCAGCCAGGCCGCCGCUAACGGCAACAACAGGCGCAGCGGCGGCGACCGCUGCACCCGGGCCCAGCGAUGCAGCGGGCAGGAAGUCGCAGAGCCAGCGUCUUUGCAAAUCGGCCAAAGCGCAAUGGGAGAAAAUUGGGGGGAACCGCUAUUGGGCGGCGACGAACAUGGCCUGCAAAAAACGGUCGACAGUGUCAGCGACGGCGCCGUCGGCUGAGCCCGAAGGGGUGAAGACGGGGCCGGGCUCGGCUGAGUUGCCGAAUGAGGAGGAGCUGGAGGAGCUGAUUCGCUUCCUCCGGCGCCGUCGACCGAGGGGAAAGACUGACACAGCAGAGCCCUGGCACCCUGCGGCUUCCAAAACCUGCUGCAGCGCUGUGGCUGUCAACGCAAUCCCAGUCGCCGCUAGCACCAGCCAAAUUGCAAUGUUCCAUGUCAGUAGCCGUGCUCACCAGGCCUGCCCUGCGCUAGACCUGGCUAGAAGACAGCGGGCGCCCAACCGGCGGCAAUACGCGGGCGCGGCAGCGCCUUUCCUGGUGGCAGCGGCAGCAGCCUACCCAUCCUCACCGUCAUCGUCCCCAGCUGCAGACGCCCACCCACCGUCCCACAUCUCGGACGAAUCCAAGGCAGUGGGCGGCCUCAUCGGCGCCAUGUGCGGCAACGUGCUGGCGGCGCCGUACCAGGACGACCGGCACUUCCAUGUCGUACGGUACCGGCCCAGCGGCGUCACUGACUUUUGGCGCUACGACAUCGGGGCGCGACCCGUGUCCUACGGGCAGUACACAGGUGACUUUGCCAACCUGCUGGCUGUGGCCAGGUCCUUGGUGGAGAGCCGCGGCGUCGACACGGACGCCGUGUUGAGCACUCUGGCCGGCAGCUACCAGCCAGGCGUGCGGCGCUACAGUACCUACGACAAGGUCGUUAUGGAUGCCGUAAUGGCGGGUUCGCAGCCGCUGCAGGUUCCGGAGCUGGCGGAGCGGUACCUGGCGGAAACCACCCGGCGGCUGGCCACCACCAGCAGCGACCGUUCAGAGCGGGAGCCACACGGCCCCACGGACUUCUGUGCGGCGGCGAGGGCGGCUCCCAUUGGCUUCGCGUACAGGUCUGCAGGGGGAGAGCGACUGUUGUCGGCCGUGCGGCGCUCCGUGCUGUUCUCCCACCCCACGCCGCUGGGGCUGGACGGAGCGCAUGUCGUUGCGGCGGCGGCGGCCUGGGCGGCGCGGCAGCAGCCCGAGGAUGCUGUGGGCUGCCGGCCCGAAGCCCUGCUGACAUACCUGAUCAACGAUGUUGCCGUGACGGCUGACAUGGCGGGCAAGCUGCGGUUGCUGCGUGAUCAUCUGUUCCAGGUGGACCCUAUCACCAGCUGGCGGUCUUUCUACGCCGGUCCGCAGUGGCAUGCACUGACGCGGAUGCUGAGCCUGCUGUCGUUCCAUGGGUAUGCGACAGCUGCGAGCGAGUUUGCGGCGGUGGCGCUGAUGGUGUUCCUGACGAAUUGGGGAAAGCCCGAGCAGGCGGUCAUGGUGGCGGCGUCGUUGGGGGGUCAGGCGCCCGCAACAGCUCAGGUCGUAGGUGCCCUGGUGGGGGCUCUACACGGGCGGGAGUGGGUGCCGGCGCGGUGGUGGGAUGCGCUAGAGAAUGACGCUGAGCGGUACUCGGGGCGUGAUGCGGUAGUAGAGGUUGGGCGUGCUUUGGCCAAGGUACAACUUGAGGAGCUAGAUAAGGCAUAAUUCCCAAUUUCUAAUUCCUGCUAAUUGCUCUAGGUCAGAAUGUUCACCGGGCGUCUGACUUAAACCCUCUUCACCUUCCAAGCGACUUAACAACCCUGUAGCGAAUAGCGAAACAGGGGGAUGUAAAUCUCCGUCAUGCGCCUUAUUACCGCCGUCCGCAACAUGUUGGGUCUACUGACAUCAGCCGUGCCACCUACCACGAUAUACACCACACGCUCUCCUGCUGUCCGCCGAGCCGCACACAAUGUCACAACGUCCGUCCUGAGGAGAAACCCCAAAGGCCCCAAAAGCACUUCACCUUUCGGGACAGGCCCGCUCAAUGCAAGUAGGCAUAAAAAGCCUGUACCGCUCUCGUUUACUAAACCACCAACAGCUCCUUUUGAGCCGCUAAAAGUUAUGGAUCCCUGAACACGAGUACACAUAACUAAAAAGCGCACCAGUGCCCAGUCCAGUCCAAAAGUUUCAACAAACAGGCAACGCGCGCGCUAGGCCGCACACCCCAGGCGGUUUUUUAUGUUUGGGGAAGAAGAACACUAAAGUUCCCCUUCAUAAAGUGUUGCCGCAUGCGCUGCGCUCAUGAAAGUGGUGGUGCUUCGCACAAGGUGCGAUGAAACCAAAUGCCUGAACACGUGUCCAACUGUUCACGAAAAACACCCAUACAGAUGCGACACCACAUUAAAAGGUUUUAAGGCUAACCAAUUCACUACACCCUACCCCACCCAAUCCCACCUUUCCUCUCACAAUCCCUCCUCUCCGGUCACCGAGGAAUAUGCCCUCAACGUGCAGAGCUGAAGAAAAGGCGCACACUGCGUUUGUGCACGUCCGCACAACCAAUUUAAAAAUGCUAAACAGAGCAGAACUUCACAACCAACUUGGCAUCCAAAACAUAUUACACAGCUAAGAGUUAGCCAUCACUUGCCAAGGCAUCAAGCCCGAGCCGUAAAAGCCUCGCCAAUAGGGCUGCAGUUUCAGUUCAGAUUGUUGACCCCGUGCGAAGAUUC